UCACUCUGUCGGCGCCGGCUCAACAUCCAGCUGACACACACAGAAAGCGCCGGUACAGAUGGAUGUGCGUCAGGCCUUCUGCGUACCUCAACUAACUGAAGGAACAAAAAGGCCGUCACCGUCGCGAGACUCAGCGAGAUCGCGGUGCAAAACUCCUUCGACCACUCCGCCAGCACGACCUCACCUGCCACACGAUUCGCAACACGGCAGAUGAACACUUGCCCUGGUCAUCUCAUCUCCUCACCUGGGUUGAACUUGUCUUCGGUGUCGCCUCUGGACUUUGUCUGUCGUCUGAUCCACCACGGAAUGCCGAUCGACAGCAAAAUCUCGAGGAAGAGCUCGAUGGCGGCCGCUACGACGAUGCGGUUGAAGUAAUCUGCCGGCAUUUCGUAGACAAAAUUGUUCGGCUGGAAGCGCAGUCCUAUGCCGAUGGCCGCUAUCGCUAUGAUGGCCUGACACACACACGCAGUACAGCACAGCAUCAGCAACCACCCAUGUGUGUAUUGAGUUUUCCUUUCUCAGCGCACCAGCAUGUCGUUUGAUUGCUGAAGGACGAACUUCAUGGCCACACACUUGAGCGGCAGGCCCAUGGACUCCUCCAGCUUGAGGCUCAUCCGCUGCCACAGCCACGCAAACACCCGUGCGAAAAAGCCGGGCUUCUUCGUCUCAGCAGCUGCUUUCGACGCCUCAUCGCGACUGACGCUGUCUUGCCCCCCAUUCUGCGCCUCGGACACCGAUGCGGUCCCACUGUUCACAUCGAUCGCGACCUCUCCGUCGGCCUCGCCCCCAUCCGAUGAAGUUGUGGUUCUUCUCUCACUCGUUGCGGCGUCUUCGUGCGAGUCGCGGUGUCCCUCGUCGCUGGUUACUCCUGUCGAGCGACUCGCGCGGCGAAGCACCUCCUGCACUCCAAGCGGCACGGCCUUCUGGGCCAGCUUGGACUCGAGCACCUUGUCCAUGACUUGUUGCAGCGACAAGAUCAGCAGCGGAAAGACAAUGAGUUUGUACACCACCUUGACCAGGAGGAUGAGUAUGAUCUCCAGCCACGAUUCCACCAUGAAGAAGACGAACCGAUAAGGAACUGAGGCAAAAAUGAUCGACUGGAACGACAUGAUCGUCCCCAGUUUGUCCGUGUCGCCCUGCACGCGGGCCUCGAGCUUGCCCUCCAGCGCUUUGAUCAUCCCGAUGCCCACUGGAUAAACCACACAGAGGGAGGGAAUUGCAAAUCGAAUUCCCUGCACCAUGCCGAACGUCCACGCGAACAUCAAAGAGUAGGCCAGCUGCAUGUAGGGCACUGUCACGCACAAUGACCGAGGGGCAAUCUGGCCGACGGGGACCGGUGGCAGCGGGAUCAGGCCUUGCAGGGCACCUAACACAUUCCCGAGAAGGAAUAAGAGGAUGCACAUGCCCAGCAGCUUCAUGCCGUCGGUCCGGGCGGUGAAGGGCACGACAACGGGCAACACCACCGCAGGCAGCACCACCCCGAUGAUCCACAAAAGAUAGCUGGCUCUCCGCUCAGGCGGCACGUAGCGGAGGGUCACCAGCGUCGUCAGCCCGAACACGAUGCCCAGCAGGGGCAGCUUCACACACACCAGCCACCAGAAGUCAUGAGUCGGGAGCCACACGAACACAGUCGAUAACGCGGCCAUCGGCAGCACAAUCCACACGCCAUACCAAACGACUUGCAGCCUCGACAGACGAUGGCCGCUCUCCGAAUCCAUGCCAUAGAGCACCUCGGUCUUGUUCGUCGAGAUCUCGUGGUUCCUCGCAUGGCUUUUCGCUGGCACUGCUGGUGCUGCUCUUGCAUCUGCUGAAGGGCUGCCCUCCAU